CAACGUUACGUUUUCCUUUCUAGAACUUACACCAACCAGCAAUCCGGAAGCGUCGCAUCUGCACGGAGAACUCGUUAGUAAGAUGUUUACCAGACAUUAAAGUUGAUUUUGUAAAAUGUAACCAGUUAUAUGAAGCUUUUCUGAGCGGACAACAAAUAAAUAGUCCACACGUUUCUAUGGUAACAAACGUGGCGUUCUCCACCAAAUAAUCAUGGCGGAUGAUUUGGACGAUUUACUUGAUGAAGUCGAAUCAAAGUUUUGUUGUAGCACGUCGGCGUCUAAACAGUCAAGUUAUGUUUCAAAACAAAUGGACCAAAUGUGUACGAAUCUCAAGGACAAACAGCAGUCAAGAAAAAAAGAGCUGCACAUGAGAAUGAAAAGAGCUGAACAUGAGAAUGAUGAUAUUGACGCUAUGCUACAGGAAAUUCUGGAUGAUGAUGAUGAUGUUUAUCAGCCCAUCAGCACACAUGAACCCAUUUCAGCAAAGACUUCCACAAGUGAUUCAUGUUCUCAGACUAUGCUCAAGAAAUGUUGCCCUGUGUUUCUUGGUGGAAGCUCUGUACUACAUGGCAUUGGAACCAGCAUUUCUCAAAGGGCCUGCGACCGAUUAAGAUGUACGUCUUGUGACUUCAGCGUACUCAUGUUUGAGGAUCACGAGUGGGACUCGUCCUGCAACUAUUUAUUUUUCAGAAACAACAUGCCAGACUAUCACAAACUAAAAGGCAAACUGAAGAAGAGAAAGGGUGGGUGUGCAUAUGCCUGCCAGUGUAGCUGGCACUCUGCCCUGUCCCUCUCAGACCUGAGGGAGCAACAACAGCUAAAGUGGGUUUGUGGAAAACACAAAGCAUGAACUCGAGUCUGCAACUGUUCUCCCUCGGAAAUCUUAUCUGUGUCCACCAGCAAGUGUUGUGUGCUCUCCUCCUCCUCACAAAAGAGAAUGCUGGCCAUUUUCAAAAUUGUGUUUUGUGCAAAAUAUUUUCUGUUUUCUUCUAUAAGUGUAGUUUUUUUUUUUUUUUAUGUGUGAAGUAAGUGUGAGUCUCGUUGUCUACACUACAUUCUCCCUUAGAAUGAAGCACAGUGGAUGGUUUAUAUUAUGUGGACUCUAUUAUUUUGAAUAAUUAAAGGAUGUAAUGUGUUGUAAUAUUGUAAAUACUCAUGCAAAUUUUUUAGACAUUUUGCACAAUUGAGAAUUAUAAAAGAAUAAUGAGAUUGGAUCCAUCUACAAAGGUUAAUAAUAGAAUGCUUGAUCAUUGUUUAGAAUGUUUAUUAUAAUAUAGAUGAACAAUGUUGAUUUAUUUUUCUGUUCUUCCAGUAUAUUUCUUAAGAAACACUCAGGUAUUGCAAGGGCCCAUUUGUGUUACAUUCCACGGUUUUCAGGGAGAAUCAUCUGUCCAAAAUGAUAAAUGCACAACAUUGUCCACAGAAUAAAGAGAAUAAAAAAUAAGGAGAAUGA